AUGGAGACGUUUACUGCCACGUCUUGGGAAAUGAAGAUGACAGACAAAAUACUAGACCGAGAGAAGGUUCCGGAAUACAACGUCACCAUCGUAGCUACCGACAGGGGUAAGCCCCCGCUCUUCUCUAAGGAAAUCAUAAGUCUCCAUAUCUCAGAUGUCAACGACAAUGCUCCGGUUUUCCACCAGGCCUCCUACUUGGUCCACGUGGCUGAGAACAACCCACCUGGAACCUCCAUCGCUCAAGUCAGCGCCUCCGACCCGGAUUUGGGGUCCAAUGGUCAUGUGUCCUACUCUAUCAUAGCCAGCGACCUAGAGCCAAGGAUACUGUCGUCCUUUGUCUCAGUGAACCAGGACAGUGGAGUGCUGUUCGCCCAGCGCGCCUUCGACCAUGAACAGCUGCGCUCCUUCCAGCUAACACUGCAGGCUCGCGACCAGGGCUCUCCUGCGCUCAGCACCAACGUGAGCAUGCGCGUGCUGGUAGGUGACCGCAACGACAACGCGCCACGCGUGCUCUACCCCGCGCUCGAGCCCGAUGGCUCCGCGCUCUUCGACAUGGUGCCACGCGCCGCUGAGCCUGGAUACCUGGUCACCAAGGUAGUGGCGGUGGAUGCCGACUCAGGACACAAUGCCUGGCUGUCAUACCACGUGCUGCAGGCCAGCGAUCCUGGGCUCUUCAGCCUGGGGCUGCGCACAGGCGAGGUGCGCACAGCGCGUGCCUUGGGAGACAGGGACUCAGCAAGGCAGCGCCUUCUGGUCGCUGUGCGUGAUGGUGGACAGCCACCGCUCUCUGCUACAGCCACGCUGCACCUCAUCUUCGCUGACAGUCUGCAGGAGGUCCUGCCAGACCUCAGGGAUGACCCUCUGCCACCUGACCCCCAGAGUGAGCUGCAGUUUUACCUGGUGGUGGCCUUGGCCCUGAUAUCAGUGCUCUUCCUCCUGGCGGUGAUUCUGGCUAUUGCCCUGCGUCUGCGAGGCUCCCCUAGCUCAGCUGCCUGGGGCUGCUUUCAGCCUGCUCUCAGCUCCAACCCUGUGGCUGGAGUUCUCCCCAAUUACAGCGAGGGGACUUUGCCUUAUUCCUACAAUGUGUGCAUUGCUUCACAGUCAGCUAAAACAGAGUUUAAUUUUCUCAAUGUGACUCCGGAAGUGGCUCCUCAGGACCUCCUCUGUGACGAUGCCUCUUGGGUACCAGGUACUCUUGGAGACACUGAGGUUCCUUUUGUCUCAGAUUCUACCUCGAAGUCCUUUGACUAUGAGCACUUGAGAGACCUACAGCUACUGGUGACAGCCACGGACAGUGGGAACCCUCCACUCAGCAGCAACGUGUCACUGAGCUUGUUUGUGUUGGAUCAAAAUGACAACGUACCUGAGAUCCUGUACCCAGCUAUUCCUACUGAUGGUUCCACCGGUGUGGAACUGGCACCCCGCUCUGCAGAGCCUGGAUACUUGGUAACCAAAGUGGUGGCUGUGGACAAAGACUCAGGACAGAAUGCAUGGCUGUCCUACCGCCUGAUCAAGGCCAGUGAGCCAGGGCUUUUCUCAGUAGGGCUUCACACAGGGGAGGUGCGCACAGCAAGGGCUUUAUUGGAUAGAGAUUCUCUCAAGCAGAAUCUGAUGGUGGCUGUGCAGGACCACGGCCAGCCCCCUCUCUCUGCCACUGUCACACUCACUAUUGCUAUAGGAGAUAGCAUCCCAGAUGUACUGACUGACUUAGGUAGCAACAGCACCCCCACAGAGCCCCAACCAUCAGACCUCACACUCUACCUGGUCAUAUCUGUGGCAGUGGUGUCCUUUGUCUUUCUGGGAUUCGUUACUGUGCUCUUGGCCCUCAGAUUGAGGCACUGGCACAUGUCACGCCUGCUUCAGACUUCCACAGCCAGAUUGGCCAGGAUGCCCACCUCCCAUUUUGUGGGCAUGGAUGGGGUACAGGCUUACCUGCAAACCUAUUCUCAUGAAAUCUCCCUCACAACAGACUCCAAAAACAGCCACCUGAUCUUCCCCCAGCCCAAUUAUGCUGACAGGCUCAUUAGUGAAGAGAGCUGUGAAAAGAGUGAGCCUCUUCUGAUACCUGAUAAUAUACAUGCAAACAAGGAAGAGCCCGGAGAUGUUCAGCAAAAUUAUCUGAGAACCCUGAAUUUGUCUGAAUACCACAAAGAGAUAUCAGCCAAUAGAGAACCUGCCACAGAACAAGUGCUCCAAACUCCCAAAAUCGCCCAGUAUGGCAUGGAAAACAUCCCUAGACCUGGCCAUGGCAGAGCUGCAGCCUAUGGCAUUUCUUCUCUGAUGUGUUCUGCUUGA